AUGCAGAGUUUGUGCGACAGUUUUGCCCCAUUGAACCAUGAUCCGAAAUGUGUAGUGAGGUCGACGGGAUUCGCAUCUUUGUACAUUACCGUAGUUACGCUUUUCACAUGGACCAUAAUAUUUGAAUACCUCAGCGCUGCGCCAGAUGCUACCGGAAGCAAUGACAUGGAGAGUCAUCCAAUAGUGGGAACAUCAACGCCCCGGGCAUCUAGAACUGGUAUGUCACUUGGAGAAAAUAUUAGGAAAGCGAUGGGAUCGCCCCCAUCGUUAAGCGUCAUCCUCGGAAUCGGACUGGCAUGUGUAUGUGAAACAAACCUCGGCCCUUUCGCGACCUCGUGCACUGAAAUUAUACAACUGACCAUCCAUACUUGAUGGCUCACUAUAGAUCCCGGGAAUCCCCAGCAUGUUCUUGGGGGAAGGCGGUACGCUGAGAUCAAUAUGGCUUGCAAUUGAGCAGGUAGGAGGCGUGGCAAUCCCGCUUAGUUCUAUGAUAGUUGGCGCGGAACUGUACAGCUCUCUUGCUAAUUCAUCGACGUCAGAAACGACAAAUGAAAAGCGAGAGUCAGAGACGUUUGGCGUCUAUGCGAUAGCUAUGAUCUUCACAACUCGGCUUAUCUUGAUCCCGUGGAUAGGCCGCCAAACACAUAGGUGGUUAGGAUUGACAGAGGUGAUCGAGGACCCGCUUCUUUCUGUGUUUGCACUUGUGGAAUGGACUGUACCCACUGCGAAUAAUUGUAUCAUCAUGGUGAGCAUCAUUGCAGAGAGACUACCGGUGCUUGGAGCGAACUUGCGAGAGGAUGUGUCUAAAUGCCUGUUCUGGCAAUACAUGGCCCUCCCCGUAAUUCUGACUGUGAAUACUCUGCUUCUCUUGCAGAUACAGUUUCCAGGCAACUGAGAAGAUGAUGUGGGACAGCGAGCGUUUCUACCGCAUCGCUGCGUCCAUCUUCUGAUGGCAGAUGGUAAGGAGAAUCCGUUAAUGGUUCCGCACGUUGGGGGAUUACAUGUCAAAUAUACUGCGUCUAGGCGCUUGGCGGUGGGACUGUACUCUAUUACUUGCAUGAGAAUGGACCGCAAUCUGCUACCCGUAGUUGCGAAUGUGCGCACGGUUUGUGCGGAAACACAGGUGGCACUCGUCGUCAGUGGAGCAUGAGUGCUGUAUAUACUUGUUGAUUCUGUUUUCACCUGCGUUUUGAUGUACCCUUCUCUAGUCUAGUUGUACCGUUACUGUACCAAUGGUACCGUAUACAGAAUUAAUUGAAUGAAUUAAUGAAUUGUGAUCU